AUGUUUUAUGGUGUCAGUACGUACAGAAUCUAUGAAGGUGUGUCUGGUGUUAACACAGUGAAGUCAGUGUCAGUGACGGAGGGAACUUUAGUCACUCUAAACAUACAGAGAGACGAUGAGAUUGAGUGGCGGUUUGGACAAAACAACAUUCUCUUAGCUGAAAUCAAACAGAACAAUAAGAACACAUUUUAUGGUGAUAGUGCUGAUGGGAGAUUCAGAGACAGACUGAAACUGGACAAUCAGACUGGAUCUCUGACCAUCAUGAACACCAGAACCACAGACUCUGGACUUUAUAAAGCAACCAGCACUAAAACAAGGACCUCACUCAACACAUUCAGUCUUAGUGUCUAUGCUCGUCUGCCUGUUACUGUCAUCACAAGAGACUCUCCACAGUGUUCAUUAUCAUCAGAAAGGUCAUCAAAAUGUCUGUUGCUGUGUUCAGUGUUCAAUGUGAGUGAUGUGACUCUCUCCUGGUACAAAGAAAACAGUUUAUUGUCCAGCAUCAGUGUGUCUGAUCUCAGCAUCAGUCUCUCUCUACCUCUGGAGGUGGAAUAUCAGGAUAAAAACACCUACAGCUGUGUGCUCAACAAUCCCAUCAGCAACCAGACAACACAUCUCACUCAAAUCUGUUCAGACUGUCACUGUUUUGGUUCUACUGAAGCUGGGAUCCUAUUGGUCCUCUCUGUUCUGGUGGGCAUGGCCGGGGUGGUCAUUCUGAUUUUUGAAUUCAGAAACGGAAAUCUUCAACAGAAGAAAAGCGUGCGGACAAGAGCAAUGAACACCGAUCCAUCAGAUGUAGAUGUCCUUGAAUGACUGGAGCCAUUAUCUGACAAGAAAUCCUUUGAAAAAAAUAUAAUUUCAAGCAGUUUGUAUCUGGGGGAAAAAUAAAAGUUUGGAAGGGAAAAAAGCUAGGCCUAUUUUCUGUGCGAGAUUUCCGAUU